CUCUCUCUCUCUAAAUUUUUUUUUUUUGGAAGAAAAUGGGAAUUAAUUUCAUGGGCUUUUGUGAUCAUGACGACGUUGGCGUUGUGUGUAUGAGAGACAGAAGGGUCAAAGCUUUAUUUGUAAUGAUUUCGUAGGGAUCAGAAGCUCGUGAUGAGAAUUUUUUCUUUGCAGGGCACAACAGUAGCAGAUCAGCAGACCUAAGGAAUUUACAGACCCAUUAACCUUCGUUCUUUCCUUUUCUCUCUCUCUCUCUCUCUGGAUAGGCACUCCUCUCUGCAUAUAUUUCCUACAUCCCUGCAAAAGUGUUGCUUUUAAACUAAGACAGUUUCAACUAGAUAGAAAAAAGAUCAGGAGAGGCUCCUGAAGUGGUUUUAAAGCUUGGGUUUGAGUUUUUUUGGAGGGGGCAUCAAGUGGGUUUGAGUUUUUUUGAGGGACCCAGAUGGUAAUAGCUCAUUAAAGGUUGGAAGAUAGAAAGUUCUCAUUUUGAAGGAAAAAAUCCUUGGAGUCAUUAGUUGCUAAUGGUUCUGAAGAAACUGAGUUUGUUUGGGUAUUGAAGUUCAAGCUUGAGGCUUUGUGGGUUUUAAGGGUUGUAGCUGAAGAAAGUAACCAUUGAAGAGAAAAAGAAAAAUGGGGAGUUGUGGUAGGAAUGGAGCAGUAAGGCAGUAUAUCAGGUCUAAGGUGCCUCGUCUGAGAUGGACUCCUGAUCUUCAUCACUGCUUUGUUAAUGCUAUUGAAAGGCUUGGAGGGCAAGACAAGGCAACACCAAAGUUGGUUCUUCAGCUGAUGGAUGUUAGGGGGCUUACAAUUUCACAUGUGAAAAGCCAUCUCCAGAUGUAUAGAAGCAUGAAGAAUGACCUGAGCAGACAAGACAUGAAUUCUACCCGACAAAGGGAACUUUCUUUUGAUGAUCAUCAUGGGUGUGUUGAUGAUGAGAAGAAUGAUGUGGGUUUUGGUUUCCCCCCAUCUUCUGAACUUAAGAAGGAUUCUGAUUCUCAAUUCAACUACAGCCCUCUUCCUCCAAAAAGGGGUCGAAUAGAGAUGAGGAGUUCCAUGAGCAAUAACAUGCAAUGCAGCCAAAGAAUAUGUGAGAGGGUCACCUCCCCGUACUGUUUUCAUGAUUAUCUGCAAAACAAGGAUGAGAAUGGAGGAAUAAAGGUGAGUUUCAGAUGUGAACAGGCCGAGGCUUCUUCCUCAGCCUUUGCUAUGCCACAUCACCUUUACAACCUCAAUGCCUUCGGAUACGCAAUCGAAGAAUCUGAAUGCAUCAAGGCUACCAGGCUAGAUGAUCAACAACAGAUGAUGGCAUUCACAAGGAAGCGAAAAAUGGAGAAUAUAGAGAACAGUUUCCAGUCCCUUAUGUCUCAAUCUAGCGAUAGAGAUCAUUCCACAGAAGAAGAAGCUGGUGAUUGUACCCUUUCACUGUCACUCUCAUUGCGUCCAACUGCUCAAGCAAGUAAUGCUUCUUCUGCAAGUGAAAUUAGUGAAGCAAUCUCAUCUUCCUCAAGGGUGAAUGUUAAGGAGUGUUCAAGGGAGCCUCACAUUAAUUUGGAUCUCUCCAUCUCCCCCUGUGGCAUUCAAUGUUGGACACUGUAAAUCUCAUUUGUUUCCAUCAUAGUUUAUUCUCUUUCUUUCUU